ACGUGUCAAAAUACCCGCCGAGCCCGUUGGCAGCCGCCCUCGGCCUGCCGGCGUCAGGGUCGCUUUCGGGUUUUCUGGUGCAGCUCGUAACCCUCAGCGAGGCAGGGAAACCUCAGCCCCCGCCUCGGCAUCCCGGGCAGAGCCGUGUGUGUCCCAUUUAAAUGGGGGCAAGGCUUCUGCAAUCCUUACAGCACGACUCACUUAUUUCUGCUGUGUUUUAACAAGUUCUGUGACGAAGAAAAGCAGCUGAGGUAUUUUGGCACAGCAGUAGCAGUAAUUUGGUUCACCUCUACAGCUCGGUGUGAGGCAGGUUUUUCUCUCUCCCCUUCUCUCGCUCUCUUUCUCUAGCUUUUUUUUGCCGUGUUAAUGGUCCUGGCUUGCAGCACUGUGGAAAAACUUUCUUCAUUUUGGACGUGGCGGAGGCUGCUGCGUUCGCAGGCUUUCCUGCGGUACGCUCCAGACUUAUCGUCGCUUAGCCAUCUAUCACAGGAACCACCCUCGAAGUGGCGAGCUCUUCCAGAAAAAUUGCUUGCUUAUUAGAAAAUGAUCCAUGCCCGUUCAAACAAGGCGGCCCUUUCGCCAGCAUCUGCGCCGAGGCACGAAUGCCCGCCGCCGGCAGGGAAGCGUGACUGCAAAGCGUCGUGGCAGUGCGGUGAGCCCCGGGGUGGCUGUCACUGUGUCCAUUCUCGAAACAAUUUUAAUUCCCUUAGCGAGUGUGAUUGUGUACAAACCGCUUUCUAGGGGGUUCCUGUGCUGGGUGUCAGAGCAGGGCUUUGUGCAGAGUCAAAGGGUGGAUUGAGUUUGUGACACAGUUUAAAUAGGAACAGAAGAACCGUGCUACGGCGGAGCGGCGCGUCGUAAUUCAUUCGCUGCCGUUUUGUGAUAGCCGGUCGGGAUAGCCCGCUGCUGCUUACCGGUUUGCUGUGCUUGAGGACAGCUUUCGUGGUCACCCACGCCUGCCUGUUCCUAUCAUCAGCUUGAUGUGUCUGGCUAAGAUGGCAAACUGUAAAGUGAUUUAAGGACCUUUUUUGAAGAUCUUACUCAAUGGAGUCAGAAAACUGGCACUCAGAAUGGCAGGCUUGUCUACUUUAAUCCUCCUUCUGUGUGCUGCUAAAGAUGUGCUGCCCUCCAGUUCCCACUGGAAGCCAACUUGGCCAUCUUACAGAGUUCCAGUCAUCCUGCCACAGUCUACCCUUAACUUGGACAAACCACGGUUUGAUGCAGAGACCAAACUGGAAGUGGUAUCUCCUUGUGGCCCAGCGUGCCACAAAAGUUCCCCGCUGCCAACGUAUGAAGAAGUGAAGAACUACCUGUCCUAUGAAACCUUGUAUGCUAACGGUAGCCUCACUGAAACUGAAGUGGGCAUAUAUAUUCUGAGCAACAGUGGUGAGGGGUCUCAAGGCAAAUCUCGAACUAAGAGGCAGAUCUAUGGAUAUGACAGCAGGUUUAGCAUUUUUGGGAAGGACUUCUUGUUGAAUUACCCAUUCUCCACAUCAGUGAAGCUGUCUACGGGUUGCACGGGGACACUAGUGGCUGAAAAGCAUGUUCUUACUGCUGCUCACUGUAUCCAUGAUGGCAAAAGUUAUGUCAAAGGAGCUCAGAAACUGCGGGUGGGGUUCCUGAAGCCCAAACUGAAAGAUGGCAGCAGAGGGGCCAAUAUUACCAGCUCGACAAUGCCUGAGAAAAUGAAAUUCCAGUGGAUCAGAGUGAAACGAACCCAUGUUCCCAAAGGAUGGAUCAAAGGAAAUGCCAAUGAUAUUGGCAUGGAUUAUGACUAUGCCCUGCUGGAGCUCAAGAAGCCUCAUAAAAGAAAGUUUAUGAAGAUAGGUGUGAGCCCACCGGCAAGGCACCUACCUGGAGGGAGGAUUCACUUCUCUGGCUAUGACAAUGAUCGGCCGGGAAACCUGGUUUACCGUUUCUGUGAUGUCAAAGAUGAAACAUACGACCUGUUGUACCAGCAGUGUGAUGCCCAGCCAGGUGCGAGUGGAUCGGGGGUGUAUGUGAGGAUGUGGAAGAGGCAGAAUCACAAAUGGGAGCGUAAAAUUAUUGGAAUAUUUUCAGGCCAUCAGUGGGUGGACAUGAAUGGCACACCACAGGAUUUCAAUGUAGCUGUUCGCAUCACACCCCUCAAAUAUGCACAGAUAUGUUACUGGAUCAAAGGCAACUACCUUGACUGCAGGGAAGGAUAAAGACGAUGAAACUCCUUGAAAGCACUUAGUGACUGGUUUUAAUUACUCCUCUGAGGAAAGGCUAGACUUCUGCUGCAAAUGUGUGUGAUACGAUUUUUGCAACACCAGGAUGUGAUCUAUAGCUUUGCAAGCAAGCCACCUUGUUCUCAGGACAGUGGUUGUGUGGUGCAGCCAUUACAGCUAGAAACUGGGGAGAGAGGAACGUCUUCAGGAUGGGGAAGGAGCAGGUGGACUUGCUGACUUUGCAGCUGAGCAACUGAAGAUUAAUUAGGGGCGGGUCAGUAAACAGUACAAAAUCGGAACCGUCUCCAAAGAAUCUUAUAAAAGGGACGCUGUUGACUAUCUCAUGCCUACAAUGUUUGUUUUAAUAAAUCCUAGGAUUAGUAGAAAUGCUUUGAUCUGAACUUUUAAAAGAAAAUAUUUCUAUGCUGUUGGGCGCUGCAGAAGGGCAUUUAAUGGUGUUUGCAACACAAACAUUACAGGUUUGUGUUCCUGCAUGAGAAGGGGAGUGUGAAAAGGGCAAGGCAUGCACUGUGGGAGAUAAAUGCCACACAAAUAGCGUGAAGGGUAAAUAACUACAUAAGAUUUCUAAACUUCUUUCAGCCUGUGUGAUUUGAGACUUUAUUAGUAACAUAGUUAAGAAAAAUGCUUUUUGAGCAAACGGACCUUGAUCUUGCAAGGACUUAACUGUGAAGGUGAUGUUGGUCAUAUGAACAAUGCUAUUGCAUCCUGCUUUGAUAAACACAAAUACAUUGACUUAAAUCCUUUACAGCAGCUGGGGCAUAGCCUUACACCUAGCAGCAUCCCUAUGAAUAUACUAUUAUAGAAAGCCUGUGGGGACAGAGGCUUGUCUUCUGUUGUGAUCUGUGAUCUUUUAAGGAAAAUCUCUUGUCAGCAACUCAGACUCUUUGCAGGGGAGGCCUGUCUGGUCUUGCUCGCCAUCUGAGUUGCUGGUUGAAAAGCAGGUCAAGGGGAGAGGAGGACAAAGGUUUUAUCGAUUUUUUUUUUUUUUUUCCCUUUUUGUUGAAGAUCUGUGCUGUUCUACCCACAAAUACAUAAGGCAGAGUAACUCUAGAUUUAUGAGUGUCUCUCCAUCAUGUCCCUUUCAAAGAUAAUUUUUACAGCAUCUUCACUUCUGUUUCUUGUGUUGUUUGGGGCAGGAUUCCUCCUGUCCCCAUCAGAUUUUCGAGUCACCAGCAGUUCUUGUCAUAUGCACAGUUCAGUAAUUCUGCAGCUGGAAUAGAGCCAGAUUGUAGGAUGUACUCCCAGUUAGCGAUGAAGUGAUGCCCUGCUGUCUCUUAUCAACACAAGUGACUUAUUUUACUGUAGCAGAAUUGUAGUUUAAAACAAGAACCACAGUAAAAAAUCAGCCCAGCCAAAUAUUUGUAGCUCAGCAAAGAGCACUGGGAAGUCAGUGUGGUCUGUACAGUGUUUCUCAGGUGGAUUUUGCCACUGUAUUGCAGUAACAUGGUUAAGUACAUGCUGCCACAACGACACUUUUUGAAUAGGAGGAUAGACACUGGCUCCAGUUCCAGUUUCUCUUCCUUCUGUCUCUCACUGUCUCCUGAAGCUCACCACAUUGCACCUGGCACUGGUGUUGUGGGGCAAACACAAGCCCCUCGUGUGAAAUGGCAGAGCUGGGAAGGAAUGAGGCUAGGCAGUUGCCCUGUGCUAUAUGAGGAAAAUGUUAGUUCAGUUAAGCCUUUCUUUCACUUUACUAAUUACUGUGGCAUUUGUAAACAUAUGCCUGAUGGUGCUUUAUCUUUGUGAUGGCUUCAGCUCUAGUUCUGAAGGGCAUUUUUGCUAGAGCUGCCUAUGAUUAUUAUUUUUAUAGGCGCAGCAUACAAAAACAUGGACCCUGUGUGGGCCCAUGUUUCCAUGUUCCAUGUGGGUUUCCACGUGGAUUUUUGGUGCACUCGGAUACAAGCAGUUACUAAUGCUUUGAAAUAUGAAUAAUCACCGUAUGUAUCUGAUGGUCGUCUUCUGCCUUUUUAUUUUAGAUUUCCUUUACUUUUAUGGCUGUUAUCUGGAGCACUUUUGUUUGAAUGUAUCACAGUGAAUAAAGAAAAGUUAUGGAAUUCCAAUGCA